AUGGUUCCAUAUAUUGCCCAACAGAUAGCUGCAUCUCCAGGAGAAGAACAUCGGCCAUAUUGGAAAAGCAGAAGGGCAGAAAAGGUUCUGCAUACAAUGCUGCCCUCAUUUGUUAUUCUCUCGCUCACUGCUUUAGGUAUCAGCACUGUGAUUGGAUUUUUCACUAAUUCAUUUAUCAUUGUUGUACAUGGAAUGGACAGAGCUAAAGGGAGAAGUAUUAACCCACGAGAACUGAUCCUGUUUACACUAGGACUCUUUAAUAUUGCCUAUCAAUUCAUCAUGGCUGCCAAUGACUCUGUAUUAUACCUUUGGAGUGACCUGUAUUUCUCUGACAAUGUUUACACCAUCUUCUCCAUUCUUCUGCUCUUCACAAUCUUCUCCAGCUUCUGGUUUACAUUCUGCCUCUGCGGGUUCUACUAUAUAAUGCUUGCUAGUUUUGAUCAAACGUUCUUUAUGCGCCUCAAGCAAAGCAUCUCAGAGGUUGUCCCCUGGAUGUUGUUAUGCUCUGUGCUGCUGUCACUCAUUAUCAGUGUCCCAGUUGCAUGGAACAUUAAGAAAGAGGACUACCUUGGUCAGUUAGAUAGAAAUGUCACUGGUAACUCCACAAUGCUACAUAGUACUCCACAUAUGAGUCUUCAGUACCUGCAGGUCACCAGUAUAAUUGGCUGCUGUAUUCCUCUCAUUUUGGUUGCCAUUGCCAAUGUGCUUAUUAUAAAGUCUCUCUGUGACCACGCAAAUCACCUUGGGAAAAACACUGGAGGAAUGAGUGCACAAAGUGUGGAAGCGAGUGUAUCGGCAGCACGCACUGUCACUUCCCUCCUCCUACUAUAUGUCAGUUUUUACAUCUCAGAGAUAUUACUGAUCAUGACUGUGUUUGAUGUGUAUAGUAUAUCGUUUUCUGUGUGUCUGGUGGUUGUAUAUGCCUACUCCCCAGUACAGUCAAUCAUUCUGAUUCUUGGAAGCCCGAAACUGAAAAGUACAUUGGUAAGGUUUAUAGGCUCCUAUAUAUGUAGAACAAUGAAGCCUCCGAGUGAGAAAGUGCGAGUAAUAAGCUGACAGACUACUUGUAUAUUCAGGUAUUCAAAUUACUAUAUUUAACUGUGUCUAUAAAUUAAAAAAUGGGAUGGUAUCAGAAUCCCGGCACUUGGGAUGCGGCAUAUCGACGCUCAGGAUCCUGACACCUAUUUGGUAAGCAAACUACCCCUAACAUCCCUGUCCCCAACCCUCCUUUCCCGCAGCCUGACACUAACCCUCCCUACUCAUGCUGAACCCAACAUCCCACCCCGCUUACCAGUC